UUUCUCUUUGUAAAAAUAUACCAAUCAGAAAAGUUUUAGUAAAAUUCAAGAACCAUAGAAACAUAUCAAUCAGAAAAGUUGGAUAAUGAGUUCAGAUGAUAGUAGAGUAAUGGAGGCAAGAGUGCAGUUUGUGAAAUCCCGUAUUCAGCCAGUUAUUGAAGACAUGGACAAGAAAAUCAAGCAUCUGGAACUAUCACUUGCAACUAUGAAUGGCGAGAUGAAACUCAAAUCCCUUACUCAACCCAUUACUGAAUACGUUGACAACGAAAUCAAGCAUCUGGAACUAUUAAUUGCAAUCAUAAAUACCAAGAUAAAACUUCAUACUGCACAUCGAUUUUUUUUUCCAGAAGUUGGAACAAUUUGUCAUGACUCGACUAAAUAUCACACCUCAAGAUAUGCUAAACGAAGAAAUUAAGAUUGAUGUUGAUGUUGAUGGUGAUAGUGAUGGCGAUGGUGAUGAUGAUCAAGACAAGACACGAAGCAGACGUCUUCAUCGCAUGGUUUCUGUUUUGAAUAAAAUUCGCAAGUUGAUGCGUCUAACCACUAGUACACCGGAGGUGAAGGUUGAACAUCUCAAAGAAGAAAAAGAAUAUAAUACUAACUAGUUAGGAUUCUAUAUACUCAACUUUUCUCUACUAAUUAUAAUAUUACACUUCUUCAAUAAUAUUUACAUUCUCAAUGUUAUUUACAUAUUUCAAUUAGAUAAGUAGUACGAAAAUUCUGCAUU